AUGUAAGCUGAAAAAAAAGAAUGGCCAGAAGCUGUUGGUAAAACAGUAGAUGAAGCUAAGUAAUUAAUUUUAGCUGAUGAUGUUGAAAUCAAUGUUUAAGUAUUACUUGAAGGAUCUCCAACAACUAGAGAUUUUAGAAUUAACAGAGUAAGAAUAUUCCACAAUGAUAAAAAUAUUGUUGUUUCAGUCCCAAGAAGAGGUUGA